GUGUAGAGAUAUAUCCAAGUUGGCAAGGCAGGAUAUCUUUGUCAAAAGAAGGAAAGAGCAGAGCGGGAAAGGAGGAAGAGAAAGAGUUGAAAUAGAAGACUGACUGUUCCACAGAGUCAGUUUCAUACAGAAAGAGUGCGUGGAAUUACUGCGGGUAGAUAACUGGAUUUAAAACAUGACAAUUUGUUGAACAAAAGUCAGUAAUCUCAUAAGAGAAAUUAUAGACUGAAGUAAUCAUCUCAGUCAGUCAAGGAUUUGUCUAUACUUCUUUGAAUAAAAGGAUUUGUUUGAGUGAAAGAAAACUUUUAAAAGUUUUUCUACAAGAGGAAAGGUGGUUUUGAAGGGUGUGGACAAUCAGCUCGAUUGCUCUAAACCAAAAAAUAUCACACCUGCCAGACAGAUGAACGGCAAGAUGAGUCUUUCUCGUAAUGGGACCCUGGAGAAACCAGUCUCCCUCCAGCCUUCUAGUGAGCAGGGGGAGUCUGAAUCACCACAGCCCCGUCUCCAUCACACUGGUUCCAUCUCUUCGAGCAUGCCAGCAAAUGCAUCCAGCUCAGGGGUGGUUGUUCCUCCUCCAUACUCUAUAGCAGGCAGUGCAGCCAAUGAUCCUCCCAUGGAGUUGAGGGGCUCUUUGGACUGUUGGGCCUGCUCUGUUCUGGUGACAGCACAGAAUCUAAUCAUCGCCACUCUAAACAUGGGUCUGGCUGCAAUUAUCUUUGGCCUCAUCCUCUUGCCGUCACUUGUCAUGGUCGUUUUUGGCUUCCUUUGCCAUUCAACGGUUAAGCGCCAUGGCACUAACAUCUACUGUUCAGAUUUCUUGGAUGAUGGAGGCUGUGUGGCUUUGCUGGUGGUGGGCUUCCUGCUGCUGGCUCCACUGCUGGUUCUGGCCAUGGCUGCAUACUGCAGGAUGGCACGCCACCUCCAGCUGGGCCUGUGCUUCAUUCCCUACAGCCGUGCUGUCUACAAGAACCUGCCUGCAUCACAUCAUCGAGGCCUAAGGGGCUGCUGCAGCCAGCAGGGGGCAGGAGACAGUGAGGGAAAGGGUAGUGUGUGGGUUUAACAUAAAGCAAUAAUGAAAGAGCCUGUUGAAUUUAAUAUAAAUAACAAUAGCAAUAAUUACAUUAAUGUACAGAAAACGUAGUAGGCCUAAUGCCAUGACAAAUCAUGAGUAAAAUAAAAGCCACAUUCUCUGCAGUUUUUGUUCAACUUAAUUUGAAAAGUUUUCUUAAAAUGUAGCUUUCUUUUCCAUCUUUGUCUUUGCAGUUUUUCAGGCCUUUUGAACUGGAUCUGUACAGUGUUGUGAAAAGGGGAAAGUUUUUUUUUUUUUUUUUUUU